GCGACAAUAUGAAUGAAUGUGAAUGUGAUUAUAGAAAAUAAACAAACAACAAAGACCAAAGACCGACGACAAGGACAUGACGGGUAUAAUUAUUUCGUCUUCCUCCGAUCUUCCUUUUCUUUCUUUCUUUCUUUCUUCCUCUUCUUUCUCUCAUCAUUUCCUCUUACUUUCUCUCUCCACUCCAAUCUUAUUCAUCCCCUCAUACCAUGGCUUCUCUCCGCGCUGCCUUCCGCCUCCCUGGCCUUGCCAAGGUUGCUACUCGUCAUAACACUUUCGCCGCUACUGCCAUCCGCGCUUACUCCACCAAGCCUCAGGGCUUGAAGGAUCGCCUUCGCGAGUUGAUCCCUGAGAAGCGUGAGGAGGUCAAGCAGGUCAAGGCCGAAUUUGGUAACAAGGUCUUGGGCGAGACCACCGUCGACAUGGCCUACGGAGGCAUGCGUGGCAUCAAGGGUCUCAUCUGGGAGGGCUCCGUUCUCGAUGCUGAGGAAGGUAUCCGCUUCCGCGGCAAGACCAUCCCUGAGUGCCAGCGUGAUCUCCCAGCUGCCCAAGGUGGUAGCGAGCCUCUCCCAGAGUCCCUCUUCUGGCUCUUGGUCACUGGCGAGGUCCCUACUUCGGAACAGGUCCGUAGUCUCUCGGCCGAGUGGGCUGCCCGCGCUACCCUCCCCACUUUUGUCGAGGACCUCAUCGAUCGCUGCCCCAAGACCCUUCAUCCCAUGUCUCAGUUCUCUUUGGCCGUCACUGCUCUUCAGCAUGAAUCUCAGUUCGCAAAGGCAUACCAGGAUGGUGUCAACAAGCAGGAAUACUGGGACACCACCUUUGAGGAUUCUAUGGACCUCAUUGCCAAGCUUCCUAAUAUUGCCGGCCGUAUCUAUCAGAAUGUUUACAAGAGUGGCUCUAGAGUUGGUGAGAUCAACCUCGAUAGGGACUAUGGUGCCAACUUGGCCAGUCUCCUUGGCUUCGGCGACAACAAGGAGUUUGUUGAGUUGAUGCGACUUUACCUUACUAUUCACUCUGAUCACGAGGGAGGCAACGUUUCUGCUCACACCACCCACUUGGUCGGCUCUGCCCUCUCUGACCCUUAUCUCUCCUUCGCUGCCGGCUUGAAUGGUCUGGCUGGUCCUCUUCAUGGCCUUGCUAACCAGGAGGUUCUUAACUGGAUCAUCAAGAUGCGCGAGGAGCUCGGCAACAAGGAUGUCUCGGAUGAGACCAUCAAGGAUUACAUCUGGAAGACACUCAAGAGUGGUCAGGUCGUUCCCGGCUACGGCCACGCUGUCCUCCGUAAGACCGAUCCUCGUUACACUUGCCAACGUGAGUUCGCCUUGAAGCAUAUCCCCAAUGACCCUCUCUUCAAGCUCGUCUCACAGAUUUACACUGUCGCCCCUGGUGUCCUCACUGAGCACGGCAAGACCAAGAACCCCUGGCCCAACGUUGAUGCACACUCUGGUGUUCUCCUCUCUGCCUAUGGUUUGACUGAGCAGCAGUUCUACACUGUCCUCUUUGGUGUUUCACGUGGCCUCGGAGUGUUGUCCCAGUUGAUCUGGGACCGUGCUUUGGGCAUGCCUCUUGAGCGCCCCAAGUCAUACUCGACUGCUGCCAUCAAGGCCAUGUUCGCCAAGAAGUAAGCUUUUGUGAACAUAUCCUCCCUCAUUAUCCAAUUCAUUCUAUAGACGAUUGAAAGAUCACACCUCCCUAUUUCUUGUUCAUUAUCUGUGUUUUUAUUUUAUAUUGUUAUUAUUAUCAUCAUAACCAUUCACCCACGUCCCCCCUCCAUAUCCUUUCUGCUUGAUUCCAUCCAUCUGCACAUACAAACAAACAAAAAUAACUUAAUAAAAAAAAAAUGUGUGAAAUUGA